AUGCUCGAUGAUGACGAGGACGACGAGGACAAUGGCGGCGGAGACGUAAACUCCACCAUGAAAAGAUCGGCAACGGGCGUGAUUCUCAAUCCACAGCCGCACGACUCGCCGAAUGAUCCCUUGAACUGGUCCAUGUGGAAACGAGACUUGUGUUUAUUGAUUAUCGGCUUUGCCAGUUUUUUGGGCGGCGGUAUGUCGCCGUUGUUGGCCGCUGGUAUGAACACUUUGGUCGUUGAGUUUGAUAAACCCUUAACCACCAUUUCGUAUCUUGUUGGUGGGUUCAUGUUGUCGCUCGGGUGUGGCUCGGUUAUAGCUAGCCCCACGGCGGUUUUGUUUGGCAAACGGUUGGUUUACGUGGGAGGCACUUUUAUCUUUAUGAUGGGUGCUAUAUGGGGCGGUGCAUCCAAAAGCUUUGGCAGCUUGAUGGGGGCCCGUGUUGUCACGGGAAUCGGAGCUUCGCCAACUGAAUGUCUCCCCAGCUCAACCAUUGCCGAGAUUUAUUUUGCCCAUGAAAGAGCCUAUCGUGUUGGACUUUAUACGAUGUUGAUGUUGGGGGGGAAGAAUAUCAUACCGUUGCUUUCAGGCUUGGUUUUCCAAUAUUUGGAUAGACAUUGGUUGUUCUGGAUCUUGGCCAUCUUCUUGGGAGCAACCCUCAUCCUGAUUAUCUUGUUUGUUCCGGACACCUUCUGGGACCGCACCCCUACUCCAUCCAAGAGAUCUCUCGAGGAAACGCAUGCGGCGCAAAAUGUUGCUUCCUAUCAUCCACCUAGUCAAAGACCCAACGCGUUUGCAUUGCAUAGACCCUCCCAGGGUAACUUGAAUGAAAUUCAAAGUUUAUCCUCAUCGAUUGAAUCGUCGCGCAGCAGCAGCAGCAAAGGCAAGAUAAACAACGAGAAACCGGUUGUUAUCACUGAACCCACCAAAGUUGUGGAACACAAGAAAAACUCGUGGCUAUACAACAUGAGGAUAUGGCAAGGACGAUUCACCAAGGAUAGCUGGUGGAUGGUUGCAUUGCGGCCAUUUGUACUAUACAGCUAUCCUCACGUUUUAUUUGGCUCAUUCACUUAUGCAUUGGCUGUUGUUUGGCUUAUUGUCAUUUCAGAAACCAUUUCCGAGAUUUUCAGACACCCUCCUUAUGGAUACAACCAACAAACGGUGGGUUUAUUCUACAUCUCCCCCUUUGUUGGUGGUAUCUUGGGAUCCCUUUCAUGUGGCCUCAUUUCCGAUAGGUUGAGUCGGUUCUUGGUUUCGAAAAACAGGGGCAUCUACGAACCAGAAUUUAGACUCGUGAUGAUUAUCCCCUCGACUCUAUUCAUCACGAUUGGACUCAUGGGAUACGGAUGGUCGUCUACGGAGCAGGACCCCUGGAUCGCGCCAGUUUUAUUCUUUGGAUGCAUGGCAUUCGGAUCAUCGAUGGCAUCGACAACAGCAAUCACUUUUGCCGUGGACUCGUACAAGAUGUUUGCUGCUGAGAUGUUGGUCUCGUUCAAUUUCCUUAAAAACUUUCUUGGUUUCUGUUUUUCACUAUUCAACAACAGGUACGCCGAUAGACAAGGUUAUAAGGACGCGUAUGUUACCUAUGGAGGAAUCCAGCUCUUUGUCAGCUUAUUCGCCAUCCCCUUGUACAUUUACGGUAAGAAGAUGAGAAGAUGGACCGACGAAAAGGAGUUGAUGAGAAGCUUAUACCAUGAAGACAACGUUCCGCCCAGCGUAGCCUCUAAAAUCAUGCUGGAUGAACUAAGCAUCGGGGAUACUACAAGCCACUAA